AUGGUAUCAGAGCCUAACAAACUUUCUUGCUUCCGCCAUGGAUUCAUCGCAUCUGACCUCUCUCCGAUCGUCUCUCUUCCGGUGAGGAUUAUCACUCCUGGCGUCGAUCGAUCCGUAUGGCUCUCAACGUCCGCAACAAACUCGGAAUUUAUUGACGGUACUGUUCCUCGUCCCCCUCCUGAUCAUCCCGAUGCUGGUUCUUGGUCGAGAUGCAAUGAUAUGGUUAUCACGUGGUUAAUGAACUCUGUGUCGAAGAAGAUAGGUCAGAGUCUCUUGUAUAUGUCUACUGCUGAAGCUUUUUGGAAGAAUCUAGUUUCUCGUUUUAAACAGGACGAUGCGCCUAGGAUUUUCGAGAUUGAACAGAAAUUAGGAUCUCUACAGCAGGGACAUGUGGAUGUAAGCACAUACUACACUGAAUUGGUCACACUGUGGGAAGAGUUGAAGAACUUUGUUGAACUUCCGGUGUGUACCUGCGGCAAAUGUGAGUGUAACGCUGCUCUCCUUUGGGAGAAACACCAGCAACGUAGCAGAGUUAUAAAAUUCUUGAUGGGCUUGAAUGAUGGUUUUGAGUCUACUCGAAGUUACAUUCUUAUGUUGAAACCAAUUCCUGAUAUUGAAGAAGUUUUCAAUAUGGUUGCUCAAGAUGAGCGUCAGAAAUCAAUCAAGCCGACUGUGAGAUCUGAGAAUGUUGUCUUUCAGACUUCUGAUUCUGCUACUGAGGGGUUUUCUGGUGGAGCUGAGAAUGAGGUUUAUGCUACUAUUAGUAGUAAUGGCUAUCGUGGAAAGCAGAGACCAGUCUGCACUCAUUGUGGCAUGCUUGGCCAUAUUGUUCAAAAGUGUUUUCGUCUUCAUGGAUAUCCUCCUGGUCAUCGACUACACAAUGCGAACAAGAAUGUCACAGGACCUUCGCCUCCUCCUCGUGGUCCUUCUAUGCCUCCGUCUCAGACUACGUUUCAGUCACAAUCUCAGUUUCCUUACCAGAAACAGAACACUGUUGCUACCGUCACUGCUGGAUCGCCAAAUCCUUCUCCGGUUACCAAUGCGAUAACCUUUGAUCUCAGCAAGUUUACUCAGGAGCAAGUCCAGAGUCUUCUACAACAACUACAGUCAGGUGUGAGGGUUUCGGAUUCUGCUCCUCCUCCUUCUACGGCUCCUGCUUCCAUCACAGCUCAUGGAGUUAUGGCUGCUCAAUCUUCUUAUGGUAACAUUCCCUUUUCUUCAUCUAGCCUCCGUUUUGAAAAUCAAACACUCACCUUUCAACAUCAGACUCUUUCUUCUAUUUCCAAUUCUAUUCCUCAUGGUGCUUGGAUAAUUGACAGUGGAGCUACCACUCAUGUGUGUUCUGACCUAACAUUGUUUAGUACAACUGUUUCUGUUUCUGGAGUUACAGUUUCUUUACCUAAUGGAGUUAGAGUCCCUAUCAUACACACAAGCACUGUGCAUAUCUCUGAUGCAUUGGUUUUGCAUAAUGUUCUUCAUGUUCCUUCAUUUGCAUUUAAUCUCAUCAGUGAGCAUACUCAGGGCUUGAUGAUUGGUAAAGGCUAUCUUCUGCAUAAUCUCUACAUAUUAGAAGCUGGUGUUGUUUCUCCGUCUGUCAACCUGUGUGGAUCCUUGUCAGUAGAUGAGAGUCUCUGGCAUCAACGCCUUGGACACCCAUCUUCUGUCAAGUUACAGCAUUUAUCUGGUAUUUUACCUUUAGCAAAGUCUUCUAUUGUUGCGUCUCCGUGUUCUGUUUGUCCCCUGGCUAAGCAGAAAUGUUUACCUUUUGUUUCUAAUAAUCGUUUGGCUGCUUCUCCGUUUGAUCUCAUUCAUAUUGAUACUUGGGGUUACAAAGUUCUCGAUCUUGACACUCAUGUUGUUUCUGUUUCUCGUAUUGUCAUUUUCCAUGAAAAUGUUUUUCCUUUCAAAACGGCUAUUUCAACUCUUUCAGCCGAUGAUGUUUUCUCGGAUUCGAUUUUAACUGUGUCUACUCCUGUUGAUCUUGAUUCAGUGCAUAUGUUUCCUGAUUCUGCAUCUCCACCUAAUCUUGAUACUUCUCUGCAUAAUGACCAUGCUACUUCUGCUUCUGUGCAUCCUAAUCAUUCUGAGUCUGUGCAUAUUGAUCAUUCUGCAUCUGUUACUGAUCAUGCAUUGCAUCCAGACACUCGUGCAUCACACACUAGUACUGUAGCUCCAUUAUCUGAGACUGUGACUGCAGGUACAAAGAUUGUUGUGCCUCCCACUACUAGGCCAAAACGCGCUCCCAAGGUUCCAGGUUACUUAUCCGAGUACCAUUGUUCUCUUAUUCAAUCUUCUUCUUCUUCACCCACUGAAAUUUCUUCUUCUCUACCUAAAGCUAUAACUUCUGUUGUUUGGACGGGUGCCAUGAAUGAGGAGUAUCGGUAUCAGGAACUCAAUAAAAUUUUCACUAUAGAAUCUUUACCUCCGGGGAAGAAUGUUGUGGGAUGUCGCUGGAUUUAUACUUUUAAGUAUAACUCUGAUGGUGCAAUUGAACGUCGUAAGGCUCGCCUGGUUGCUCAGGGAUUUACUCAACAAGAGGGUGUUGACUUCACUGAUACUUUUUCUUCAGUUUCUAAGAUGGCCAGUGUGAUGAUGUUACUUGGUCUAGCGGCUAAUCAUGGUUGGAGCCUUACUCAGAUGGAUGUCACAUGUGCGUUCCUACACAGUGAUCUCAAAGAGGAAAUUUAUAUGAGCUUACCUCUGGGUUAUACUCCGGCUCCUGGUGAAGUUCUACCUCCGAAUCCAGUCUGUCGAUUACGGAAAUCGAUUUAUGGCCUUAAACAAGCAUCACGUCAAUGGUACCAUUGUUUCUCUUCGGUUCUUCUCAAACAUGGUUUCAUGCAAUCCCCUGCUGAUAACUCUCUGUUUGUUAAGAUCUCUGGUGAUGUUUGUAUAGUGCUUCUUGUGUAUGUGGAUGACAUACUGAUUGUUAGCAAUGAUGACGCUGCGGUUUCUGAAUUGAAAGCUCAUCUUCAUGCUGCUUUCAAGAUCAAGGACUUAGGUGUUGCACGUUACUUCCUUGGCAUGGAGAUUGCACGUAAUGAUUCUGGUAUCUCUGUUUCUCAACGGAAGUAUGCUCUUGAUCUGCUCUCAGAUACUGGAAUGUUGGGAUGCAAACCUUCUGCUGUGCCAAUGGAUCCGUCUGUUUCUUUUAGCAAGGAUUCAGGCUCUCCUUUGAAGGAUAUUGGUUCUUACCGUGAACUCAUAGGACGCUUGCUCUACCUCACGAUCACGAGGCCGGACAUUACUUUUGCGGUGAAUCGGCUUAGUCAGUUUCUCAGCGCUCCUACGGAUGUUCACAUGCAGGCAGCUUACAAGAUCCUUCGAUAUAUCAAGGGGAAUCCGGGACAGGGCCUUUUCUACUCUGCUGACUCUGAGACUUGCUUGAAUGCAUUUGCUGAUGCAGAUUAUGGUACUUGUCCGGAUACAAGAAGAUCUGUAACUGGUUUUUGCGUCUAUCUUGGGAAAUCCUUGAUUUCAUGGAAGUCGAAGAAACAGCAUACUGUAAGUCGUAAUAGCACUGAAGCGGAGUAUCGUAGCUUGGCUUUGGCUUCGUGUGAGCUGAUUUGGCUCAAUCAGCUACUUGAGGAUAUGAAGGUUCAGGUGCAACACACGGCUAAGCUCUUUUGCGACAAUAAAUCGGCAAUCCAUAUUGCUACGAACCCGGUCUUUCACGAACGAACGAAACACAUAGAGAUAGAUUGUCAUACCGUUCAUGAUCAGCUCAAGUCAGAUUUUCUGAAGCUUAUGCAUGUUACCAGUGGUAAUCAACAUGCUGAUAUUUUGACGAAAGCUUUGCAUCCGGGUCUGUUUUGUUCCCUUCUUAGCCGUAUGUCUACUUCAAGGCUCUUUUCUCCUUCAACGGUUACCAUUUUAGAGGCUUGA